GACUUUUAUUUAGAAAAUCUUCCAAAAUUCCGUGACCCGGAAGUACUUUUUGUGUUGCUAACGGGACGCUGAUCUAGUUAUCAACCACGGUAGCUUGCUAGCCAAAAUAGCUAAAACGUUAACGCUCAUUAGACACUUUCGGUGUGUAUUAGCCACUGUUUUAAACACACUUAUGUCGUAUAGCUAGCUAAUUGUCGCAUUUAAUUUCAUUUUACGUUGCUAGUAGUCAGCUAGCUGGCUGGUUAAAUUAGCAGUAGCACUUGCCUUGUCAUUAAUGCUAACAAGCAAGCUAACAUCCCCGACCAUGAGCUCACUAAGCUACUCCCUCCCUGCCGAAGAAGAGGAGGUCUGCUGGACGGUGAAAGAGGAGAAGGAAGAGGAGGCUGUCCCCGUCAAAAAAGAAGUCGCGGGUGAGGCUGUAACAGUGAAAGAAGAGGAAGAAGCUUUCCGAGUGAAACAGGAAGAAGCGAAAGAGCAGGAGGGGGAGAUCACUGUCACAUUGGACGAGGAAGACGUUUUUGGAUUGGACGAAGAGAGGACUGGAAAUCUGAUCAACAUCGGAGCGAUAUCAGACUGUCACUCUGACAUAGGAAAGAGUCCUUCAGGGGAACCCGAUCCAGAGACGUCCAAACCAGUGAGGAGACACCACUGCUCCCAGUGUGGAAAGAUAUUUUCCAGGUUAAAGCACCUGAAAGAACAUAAGAGAACGCACACAAGCCUUAUCAUUGCUCCCAGUGUGGAAUGGGUUUUGGACACUUGGGGUAUCUAAAAGUGCAUGAAAGAACACACUCUGUAGAGAGGCCUUUUCAAUGCUCUCAGUGUGGCCAGAGAUUUAUCCAGGCAUCGCAUCUGAAAGAGCAUGAGAGAACACACACCGGAGAGAAGCCUUUCCAAUGUUCUCAGUGUAAAAAGAGUUAUACCAAAUUAGGGAACCUGAAAAUGCACGCGAGGAUACACACCGGAGAGAAGCCUUUCCACUGCUCCCUGUGUGAAAAGAGUUUUACCUAUUUAGGGAUAUUGAAAAAGCAUGAAAUGACGCACACACGAGAGAAACCUUUCCAAUGCUCCCAAUGUGGGAAGAGUUUGACAGAACACACACAGGAGGGGAGAAGACCUAACGUUGUUAAGACCAGUUAAGGCCCCGGAAUAACCACCUCCAUUAAUGAUUAACACCCUUGAUAAAGAUGUGUUUAAGAUCGACAAUACAAGUACUGAGCUGAAUAUUGUAUGCUGAAAUUGUGUUUUUAUACAAAUACAAUUGCUCAGAGAAAAAUAUUUUGUUUAACAAGUGAAAAAAAAGUUAACUUUCAUUUAUUGGCACCCGUAAAGAUUCUUGUUAAUUAAAUAAAUUAAAUUAAAUCUACGUUAACAUUGUGAUGGGAAAUGUCUCUCUCUGUGUAUCAGAUUGUAUGUUUAGAAUAAUGCUGCUCUGUAAUUACAUGUCUUGGUUCGGUUCAUGCGAGUGACUGACUGAUUGUAGAUGGGAGCAAUAAGACCCAUAAGAAAUGUACUAAUACGGCCCAGAACAUUGUUCUGGGGGACAAAAGGAGUAUCUCAACCUCGUGAGGUAUCAGUCAGUCACAUGCAGGAACCAACGUUAAUAAUGUAAAUCAUGCUCAUAUAACUUGUUUGUGUAGCAGUAUAUAAGGACUGAAAGGGAAACACCCUUUUCAUCAAGCUUGGAGUGAGUUUGUGAACCUCUCCGGGCCGUGAUAAUAAAGAUGGAUUCGUUUCACAUUUUACUUCAGGCGUCCCUGGUGUUGAAUUUACACCACAACAUUAAAUGAUUUUUUUUACAGUU